CGUCCAGACGCGCCGAGCCGUCUUCCCCACGUGCUGCAGCGCGUGCGUGCUGCGUGCGUUUCGUGCGCGCGUGAGUGCUGUGUCCCGCCGGAGCGCGGCGCUCGCCGGGCUGUGUGAGCGCGAGCGGUGUGAGACGGUGAUGCGCCUCUGAGCUCGUCUCUGAGCUGCGCGAUGCUGGUGCGCCGGUCGGCGGUGGCAGCGGCGCUGCUGACCUGGGCCGGGGUCGCCGCGCAGGCCCAGGACGGCGCGGCCGAGUGCGGCUCCGGCGCCACGGCCGCCGCCGUCGUGUUCGCCGUGCUGUUCCUACUUACAGUCGGUGCUCUGGGAUUCGUCCUCUACAAAUACGUCUGGAAACGGCGGCACUAUCCCGCGCUGGAGAAGGUGGUACUAGGAGAGAGCGGACACGAUUCCAAGUUCGCCUUCGAUAACCCAUACUUCGAGGGCGAUGACGACAUCGGCAACAAAAGUACUCUGCCUUCUACAGAUGUCCUCGUGGCUAGUGAAAAG